AUGCAACUAAGAACAAUUUUUAUAAAAAUUUUUUGUGGAUUAGCACCAGGAUUUUUACCUGUCAUCCACAUUUUAAUUUUAUAUUUAUUUUGGGGCAAGUAUUCAAGAAGAGUUGAUAAAAGAUAUUGUUCUUGUUCUUGCUGGGAUACAGUUUUUAAAGGCACUUAUGAGACUGGAAUCGGAUCAUACAAACACAUGUAUUUCAACGCCACAUCAAAUUCUAUAAAAAUUUGGCUUACAACUGUUACUUUAAUGUCAAUUGCUUUAAUCCACAUAUUGGCUGGUGGAGUGGAUCAAUUUAUAGUUAACAUUUUUUAUGGUGAAGGAGACACUCAUCAAAUAUUAAGAGAUUUAGCUUUUAUCGUUCCUGAUAUACUUCAUUUAAUUCUACCUAUUGUUCAGUAUUAUAAUUAUCACAAAGGACAAAUUCACUUGCACAAUUUUAAAAAUGACAUUAUUUUAAUGUUUUUUUUAACUUUUUUCGGUUUUUUUCUAUGCUACAUACUUUAA